AUGCCAAUGUAUCUGUGUGAUGUCGUCUGGAUCUUGGCAGGUUGGCAGAUCGGAGCCCUGGACAACAACGAACUCUACGAUGCAUUCAAGAACUUCGACUGUAUGGUGGACGGAGACAUCACGGCCUGCUGCCGAAUUGUCAAUAAAUAUGCUUAUUGCUGGUGGAACGAUCAUUUCGACCUCGGUCCUUUUGAGAUGCCCAACCGCAUCUCCCUCCUUGAGGUCAAGGAGUUGGUUGAGGAGCAUUUUGAACAGCUGGAUUUCUCUGAUCAUUUUGUGUACGCCCAGCCUGCGGGUCAUCUCCUGAUCCCAAAGCUGCCCCAGAUGCCCACCAGCCGUGAUCCCUUGCUGCACCAAGUCCGCUGCAUCAGGGAAAACGUGCAACGGCUGGGAGAAGGUUUGCAUAGCAUGCUGCUCACAAAGGUAGAGGAAGGCAAUCUUGCCAUGGAUGCAUUAACCCAGCUGGAAGGACCGGUGGAUGAGGUAAUGGAUGCCAUGCGAGCAUCACAUGAAUUGAUCGACACGCUCGGCAUCAAAUGGGAGUAG